CCGUGUCGAUCACACACUUCAAAUUUAAGUGGCCGGGAUUUAAAUGUGUAAUUAAACAAAUUUUCUGGUGCUUAUGUUUUAAAAUGGAUUUUAUGAUCGAAUAUUUGAUCUAAAUCGGUUUUCUAUUGGCAUACUUUGAAGUAUCAUUACGAAAAUGUGGUGUGUGAAAUGGAUUUUGAUUUAUUUUAUAUCAAUUAAAGUAGUGCGUGCACGAGUUCAAGUUUCAAUCGGUGCAAUUUUCGAUAUUGGAAAUGACGAAGCAGAAAUUGCAUUUAAACAUGCCGUGUUCCGUGAAAAUAUGUAUGGAGCAAAAUUCAAUUUAGUUCCUAUAAUAAAAAACAUCGAUGCCACCAAUACUUAUGAGGCCGAACAAGCGGUAUGUUCAAUGUUAUCGGAAGGUGUAGCUGCAAUCUUUGAAUCAUCAAAUGAGAAGUAUAAACAGACCGGCAUCGUGGCAUCCAUCGCAAAUGAAUUUGGUGUUCCGCAUUUUAUGGGCCAUUGGACACCUGAGUUGCCUGUUUAUAAACGGCCAUUUCGUCAAUUUACACGAAAUUUCUUCCCAAGUCCAAGUGUUUUUUCUCGCGCCUUAGCCGAUUUGAUUGAGGAUUACGAUUGGAAUUCAUUUACAGUUAUUUAUGAAGAUAUUUAUGGUUUGAUGCGUGUACACGAUAUUCUUCAAUAUCAUGAUACCGGUAAAGGUCCAAUUAUGGUUCGUAAAAUUGAUGAAGGUGAAGAUCAUAUGCCGAUGUUAAAAGAAAUCGCACAGUACGGUGAAACAAGAAUUAUCUUGGACUGUAGCAUAGAUAAGGUCAUACCGAUUUUAAUGCAAGCCAAAAAGGUAAAACUGCUUGAAGAGUAUCAAAAUUAUAUCAUUACUUCAAUCGAUGCACACAUACUUGAUUAUUCAACGGUGGAAGGUAGUAGAGCGAACAUUACAACUUUUCGAAUUAUCGAUCCGGGCAGCGUUGAUGCUGAAACGGCUGUGCAUGAUUGGAAACAGGAUGCAUCGAGGAGAAGGGAAGGUUCGAGCUUUUCAACCGAUAAGAUUAAAACUGGUGCAGCACUUUUGCAUGAUGCGGUCAAAAUAUUUUCUGCGUCGCUGCGUGAUUUUUCAUUGAAUGCUGAUAUUGAAGUUGCCGAAUUGGACUGCACAAAUCCAACAAAAUGGGAACAGGGUGAACUGAUUCUGAAACUUUUGGAUCAGAAAGAAGAUGAAGGAAUCACCAGUCGCAUUACAUUCAAUGAGAAGUUAGAAAGAAAUUUUUUUGUUCUGGAAAUUAUAGAAUAUUCCAUUGCUGAAGGCAGAGAUAUGAAAAAAAUUGCAACAUGGGAUCCCAAGCAAAAGAUCAAAAUGCUUCGAACAACGGAAGAAGUUAUUGCACAGAUCUCACAGACAUUGCACAAUAAAACGGUGAUUGUGACAACCCGUCUUGGAAUGCCUUACAUGAGAAUCAAGCCCGAAUAUGAGGGAAUUCCAUGUGAGGGAAAUCAUUGUCUAGAAGGGUAUGCGUACGAUCUCAUUGAUUCAAUCUCUAAUAUAUUGGGUUUUAAGUAUGAAUUCCAUUUGACCGAGGGCAAUAAAUACGGUGCUUACAACAAAGACACUAAAAAAUGGGACGGACUGGUCAAAGAUUUACUUGAUCGCAAUGCUGACAUGGCUAUAUGUGAUUUAACUAUUACGUAUAUGAGGCGAUCUGCCGUGGAUUUUACCUCACCUUUCAUGACUGUGGGGAUUAGCAUUUUAUAUGCAAAGCCUGAAGCUGAACCGCCGAAUUUAUAUGCAUUCAUGGACCCCUUAUCGCUUGAGGUUUGGCUAUACAUGGCUACAGCAUAUUUAAUCAUAACACAUGCACUUUUGGUUUUAUCAAGAAUGGCAGCGGAUGACUGGGAAAAUCCACAUCCAUGUGAUGAAAACCCAGAAGAAUUGGAAAAUAUUUGGUCUAUGCCCAAUUGUAUCUGGCUAACAGUUGGCUCUAUUAUGCAACAAGGAUGUGACAUUCUUCCAAAAGCCGCAUCAACUCGAAUUGCACUCAGUUUUUGGUUUUUCUUUGCUCUCAUCAUCAUUUCGUCUUACACUGCCAAUUUGGCCGCAUUUUUAACGAUGUCACGCAUGGGAGUUUCAAUCGAAAAUGCUGAAGAUCUGGCAAAACAAACAAAAAUCAAAUAUGGAGCCGUAAUUGGAGGCAGCACAUUGCAAUUUUUCAAAAACUCAAAUUUUUCGACUUACCAAAAAAUGUGGUCUGCAAUGGAAUCGAUGGACCCAUCACCGUUCGUGGACAAUAAUAAUGAAGGAAUUGAUCGUGUUUUAAAAUCAAAAGGAGGAUAUGCUUUUCUCAUGGAAUCCAGUCAAAUUGAAUAUUUUACACAACAAAAUUGUAAUUUGACUCAAGUUGGUGGACUCCUCGACAGUAAAGGUUAUGGAAUCGCGUUACCCGUGAACUCUCCAUAUCGUACGCUCAUCAGUCAAGCAGUAUUGAAGAUGCAAGAAAAUGGAACAUUACAUCAACUCAAAGAAAAGUGGUGGAUUACAAACAAUCCAGGAUCUGGAGAAUGUGAUGAUGGUGGUGGCGGCGGUGGCGAUACACCAGAAAUGGGUUUGGAUAAUGUUGGUGGCAUUUUCUUCGUUCUCGGUUUUGGACUAUUUGUUGCAGUCUGCGUUUGUAUCGUCGAUUUUCUGUGGAACAUUCGACAAAUUUCAAUUGAUGAAAGGAUCACACCGUAUGAAGCACUUAUUCGCGAAUUAAAAUUCGUCAUUGAUAUACGACAAACAACGAAACCAGUUGGCAAAGGUCUCGAAGAAGGAUCUCAAUCGUCUGGUUCAACUCGAUCACUUAAAUCGGAUCGUUCGUUAAAAUCAGCCACUUCCAAGGGCACGAUGAAAACAGCCGGAAGUGAAAAACUCGAUCGAGUUUGUGGCAUUUUUCCGGAGAACAACGAUGAUCUGGUGAAUGCUUUCAAAAAUGCAGUUCAAAUACUGAACACAUUUAGUGACAUGGUCAAAUUACAACCAACUGUGACCGUGGUUGACACAAACGACAGUUUCAAAGUGCAAAAAGCCGUUUGUGACAUGGCUGACCAAAAUGUUGCAGCAAUUUUUGGUCCAAAUUCUCUGAAGACUUCAGGUCUUGUGGCAUCGAUUUGUAAGAAACUUCGGAUUCCACAUUUCACAGCCAAUUUUCAGCCAAUUGAGAUCGACAAUUUUAACAGAACCGAUUCCUAUACUCGAAACUUAUUUCCACAUUCAAAGAAGUUUUCCGAAGCCAUGAUGGAAAUUGUAAAAAGCUUGCGAUGGAUGACAUUUGCGAUCAUUUACGAUUCGGAAGGAAGUUUGGAAAAAUUUCAAGAUACAUUCAAUGACUUUGCAACAUUGGAUACUAGUGGCAAACCAUCCAUAGCCUUUUAUAAGCUGCCCACCGAUUCGGACGACUAUAAGCCUUUGCUCAAAUCUAUAUCAAAAUCAGGCCACAAUCGAAUUAUAAUCGAAUGCACAAUGGAACACACUUAUUCGAUUCUAAAACAAAGUUCCAAAGUUAGAAUGAUGAGUGAAUAUGUGAGUUAUUUUAUUACGGGUAUUGAUGGAUAUACGCUUGAUUUGACGCCAUUGCCCGAUGUGAGCGCAAACAUCACAACAAUUCGUUUCUUAAAUCCAACGAAUGCUGACAUUUACGAAUAUGAAACCAAACCAUAUUUCGUGCGAAAUCGCAAUUACAAACCAAUGUUCAAUCCGUAUUCAAUGACAACAGAAACUGCUUUGAUGCAAGACGCUGUGACGGUGUUCUCGAAAGCUUUUGGCGACAAUAGAACAUUUAUCGAACAAUUUAAUAUGAGUCCAACUUCUUGUUACGCCACUUACGAUGAAAAUCAAUCCGACAAUGACAGCGGCAGAGAUAUUCUCAACAAAGUCGAUGAAAAUACCGUUCGAGGAUUAACCGAGGAAAUUCGUUUCAAUGAAGACGGACAACGAGAUUUGUUUUAUAUUGAGGUGCUUCAACUAUCUCGCAAUGAGUCCGGUGACAAUUAUAAUAACUUCAAGAAAGUUGCUGUUUACGACUCAAGAUACGGAAUAUCAUUGUUGCGUAAUUUUUCAACUGUUGAAGAACAAACGACGUUAUCGAUGCAAGCCAAAGUAUUUGACGUUAUUAUUCGCGAUGGCAUGCCAUUUGUGCGGAAAAAAGAAGGUGUGACUUUGGGUCCAAAUGUUACUGAAAUCGAUUUGUACGAAGGUUUUGCGAUGGAUCUCAUAAAAAACCUUGCAAUUGAAUGUAAAUUUCGAUACAGAGUUUCGGUUAGGGAAAUUGAAAAUGGUAAAAUCGACGAAAACACCGGACAAUGGACUGGAAUCGUUAAGGAAAUUAUUGACAAGAGAGCUGACUUGGCAAUUGGAGAUAUAACCGUUACUCAAGCUCGCAAAAGUGUAUUGGAUUUUAGCACGCCAUUCAUGACACUGGGUAUCAGCAUUUUAUAUGCAAAGCCAUUCAAAGAAAAAGCCGGAUAUUUCGCGUUCAUGGACCCUCUUUCGACGCAUGUUUGGCUACAUGUGGCUACAGCUUUUUUGUGUAUUUCGAUUAUAGAAUAUCUACUGGCAAAGAUGGCCGCAAACGAUUGGGAAAAUCCACAUCCAUGUGAUGAAAACCCCGAAGAAUUGGAAAAUAUUUGGAACAUGCAUAAUUGCAUAUGGCUGACUGUCGGUUCUAUUAUGCAACAAGGAUGUGAUAUUCUUCCCAAGGGUGUUCCUACUCGAUUGGCUGCUGCUGUUUGGUGGUUCUUUGCUCUCAUCGUCAUUUCUUCAUAUACGGCAAAUCUUGCCGCUUUCUUGACCAAGGAACGAAUGGAAGAAAGUAUUAGUGGCGUUGAAGAUCUUUCUGUACAAAAUAAGAUCCGAUACGGAUUACAAAGAGGUGGCAGCACAGAAGCAUUUUUUAAGAACUCAAAUUUUUCCAUGUAUCAAAAAAUGUGGUCGGUCAUGGAAAAAGCUGAUCCAAGCGUGUUUGUAAAUAACAACGAAGAAGGUGUUGAACGAGUUAAACGCGGUAAUAGAAAUUAUGCAUUCUUUAUGGAAUCAGCGCCGAUCAAGUACGAAAUUCAUCGUGAAUGUAAUUUAACGCAAGUUGGAGGUUUAUUGGAUUCCAAGGAAUAUAGUAUUGGUAUGCCGUUAAAUUCUCCAUAUAGAACGCCAAUUAGUAAGGCACUUUUGCGCCUACAAGAGUCGGGAAAGAUUCAGGAAUUAAUCGAUAAUUGGUGGGAGAGUAAAGAUGUUGAUUGUGAAGCCGGCGACAAAGAACGAAGCGACACUCCUGAAUUGGACAUGGAGAAUUUGGGUGGUGUAUUUUUGGUUUUGGCUGUUGGCUUACUGUUGUCAAUUUUCAUUGGAAUUCUCGAGUUCAUUUGGUCUGUUCGGCGAACAUCAAUCGAUGAAAGGAUAACACCCUAUGAAGCCUUCAAAAAGGAGUUAAAGUUCGCAGUUUCUGUGUGGAAAGUUCGCAAACCAGUGGCACGUGUGUCAAGUGCUGGAAGUUCGGUUCGGUCAAGUAUAUCGAAUGACAUCCAAAUGGAUUCGAUUCGAAAUAUUAAACGAACAGGAUUGAAUGGAAUUAAUUGAAAUAUUGGAUGAUUUUUAAAAAUUAAUCACAUUCAUAUGACAUUAACUCGUGAAGAUUUUAUCAUCAUUAUUUUUUUUUAUUUAAAUGUUACUUAAUUAUAUAUUUUGCUCCGUUUUAAAUAAAAUAUCGCUUCAAACGGAACGCUAUCCAAAAGUGGCCAAAGAUGUGUAUUUUCAAGCUUCACGUUUUCACGCUAAAUUUUUUACAGCUCUCAGUUUCUAAGUUUAUUUUUGCACACUCACAUUUUGAUUGUAGAAAUAGCGUAUAAAUAAAUCAAAUGAGAGACGAAACAGGUGGUUUUGCAAUGUU